UAUCAGUGGAAAAGAAAGUGAAAGUCCCAGUGCUCAGUGGUUUCACAGUCACUCCUUGGGAUUCGCAGUAGAGAAGGGAAAAACAACAUAUUUUUGCUUUAUUUCCUCCUUUGGGGAUUGAGCUGCCUGCAAGGUGUGGGUGGGAGCGUCUCUGCGCUGACACACGGGGUACAGCAGAGGAAAGUUCGGGAAAAUGGCAAAAACCAGCCACACUGUUGGGAUCUUCUCAAGAGAUGACCGAGAUAAUUACAACUGGCUGAUGAGUCUGCUCCACCUUACAUUGUUCCACAGUGUAGUGAAGAAUGUCCUCCCCAAGUACAUCAGCAACAGCUUCAUGGAGUUUGAGCAGAAUGUGUCCCAGUGCUCCUUCGCUAUCCUGUACCACACCCUGAAGAGAGGAAGGCUGAACAUUACAGAUGUGACUGAUUCUUUAUAUGAUGAAGAGCUGAAACAUUUAUGUGAAACACUUGGGAAAAAGAAUGUCAUUGUGGUGAUAGACGACCUGACGGACAGCAGUGACGCUAAAAUGAGAGAGAUCAUAAGAGCUCAGCCGAGCAUUGAACUUCAUGCUUGUAAACUCUUUCUUAUCAGUGAGGAGGAGAAAAAAUCCUGUAUUACAAAAGGAGGUCCUGAGCCAAAGUGGAGCGAGAUUGCAACAUCGGAAUUAUUUCAAGAGGAGCACAACUCCAUCACAGCCAAACGUAACCAGAUGAAGAAGAUCUUGGAUGACUCCUCCUCACAUGAAAUACGUGGUGUCCAAUACCCUGAUAAACCAAUACCAGAAUCCUACUCCCCCGUACCUUCCUCCCAGGGUUCUUCCAAUGUCAGACGAGAUGGACACGACUCCGUCUUACGAAGAUCCCCAGAUGUGAUAGAAAACACAGAAAAGAAAUCUCUUAUGGACCCAAGUAAAUCAGUAGAAUCACCAAAGGGAACAUGGAAUACUAAGGUAGUGUUACCAAUUGUAAGUGUGCUCAUUGUCAUUCUGAUCAUUGCACUCAUCGCAGUCCUUGCCACCAGUGUCUAAACCACAAUACACAAGAUAUUGGACCUCCAGGAACCGACCUUCCUUUCAUCCUCACUUUACUGCUACAAGAACCAGCUCAACACUUUCUUUAUGAUAAGUAGGAUUGAAGUAUCAGGCUACGGUAUUUGGGUGUAAAUAAAAGGGGAAAACAAAUGCAGUGACUGCUGUGAGGACCAUGAGUAUAAAGGGCUCAGUGGGUUCCUGAUGCCCAUGGAGAUAUGGCUUGCUGAUAUUUUACUAUAAUUAAACAUGGGGCCCCAACCUUUAUAACUAUAUUAGGACAAAUUCCUAUAGCAUUUUAGAUUGAUCCAUUUAAGCUAUGUUAUCUUAAUUUAAGGGGCAAAUUCACUAAGAUGCGAAGUUGCGCAACUUCGCCGCACUUCACCAGGCGUAAUUUCGCCAGCG